AUGGCGACCAAGAUGGCAGAGCGCCUCAAGGGCAAGACUAUUGUCAUCACCGGUGCAUCCUCUGGUAUCGGCAAGUCGACAGCAAUCGAGUUUGCGCGGACACAACCCGAUGACCUGAAGCUCAUCCUGACCGCGCGACGAGAGGACACAUUGAAGGAGCUUGCACAGGAAAUCCAGGGUUUCGCAAAAGGCGUCAAGGUCCUACCAGUAAAGCUCGAUGUCAGCAAGCCAGAUGAAGUGCAGGGCUUCGUUGGCAACCUACCACAAGAGUACAAGGACAUUGAUGUUCUGGUCAACAACGCCGGCCUUGUAAAGGGCGUCGCUCAAGCCCCUGACAUCUCCCCCGCCGACAUCGACACCAUGUUCAGCACAAACGUAACCGGCCUAAUCAACAUGACGCAAGCCAUCCUCCCCAUCUUCAAAGCACGCUCCACACCCUCAGGUGACAUCAUCAACAUUGGCAGUAUCGCAGGACGCGAGCCCUACCAAGGUGGCUCCAUCUACUGCGCUACAAAGGCAGCUGUUCGCUCUUUCACAGACGCCAUGCGCAAGGAGCUCAUCGCUACAAGAAUUCGCGUUAUCGAGAUCGACCCAGGGCAGGUGGAGACCGAGUUUAGUGUUGUAAGAUUUGGCGGCGAUAAGGAGAAAGCAAAGAAGGUGUACGAGGGCGUUGAACCGUUGACACCAGAGGACAUUGCCGAGGUUGUCGUGUUUGCUGCAGGGCGAAGGGAGAAUGUCGUGUUGGCCGAUAGUUUGAUCUUCCCGAACCACCAGGCAGCUGCGACCGUUAUGCACCGAAAACCUGCUGACGAAGACAUGAAGGCCAAUCUGGGCGCGUACGUUAACGACCAGGAAGAUGAAGACCGAUCAUGGAACGAUUUGCAAAACUUCAUACGAGAGAAUCAGACCUUCAAAACCAAGUCUUCUGCAAGGGCGAAGCUACCCUCUUUGGCUCAAUGCAUGGCAAGGGCAGGUGUCGAUAACGCUGAUUUGGACCUUGAAUCUGACUCAGAAGACGACGAAAUUGAUCUCAGUCAAAAGAUCGAGCAUGCUGUAUCGGCAUUCGCUGAGAAGAUCAAAGAAUAUGAGAAGGAUGAGAAGGAAGACAAGGAACACGUUAACGCUGACCCGUUGAACAACAACUAUCUCGUCCACCACCCACCUAUGCUGUCGCCUCUGGAGUCUAUCGAUAUCUCCUACCCUUACAACAACAAGCAGAACUUUGGAAUUCGCAGGCACAGCGACGGUAGGUCACUUGCGUCGCUCAUCGCUCGCGCUGAUGAAAUCUCCGUUUCUUACAACGAAGAUGUCUGCUUGCCUUGGUCGACUUUCGAACCAUCCUCGCUGUCUUCAUCGCCGAAUCCGUCGUCUGACGCAAGCGUACUGGAUCUAUCUGCGGACGACGCACUUGCUUUGCUACGCGAGCGCUUCCGAAUCGUACACAACGUAGGUGGUGGUACAGGUUACUGCCGUCGGGAGUGGCUAGAUGCCAAGUUCAAGACGGGAUGCAGCACGGUGCAUGGGCCGUCCCUGUUGCGGUUUUCGACGAGCUGCUAUGAGCAUGUACAGCCACCGGUGAUCACGAACGCGAGUACCGCCACACAGCAGGACCAAUACGACCUCGUAUCUCGUGUCAGGAUUUCGCCUUCCAAGGAUACACUGAAUACCAAGUCGUCCGUUUGGACCUCCGCCUUCUCGAAAUGCACCUCCAUGACAUCAAUAUCUUCCUAUCAGACCGAUCGUCUACAGUCAGCAAACAAUGAACAUCAUCUCCAUAUGGAUGGCCCCGGUAUGGAUGUCGAGAAGUAUGAGCGCGAUGACAAGCGGGAUCGAAAGCGUGUUGAUAGCGUACCUGUCCUUACCACUAAAGGUUGGUCUGAUGAGCUACAAGUAGAGGAUAUUGAGCAGCUAUAUGCACCACUGUAUACGUCCGCCGAAGAUACUAGAGAUGUCCCUGCGACGUUCGUGGCAAACAAGACCCAUGACUCUCCGUUAGUGCGCGAGCGGACUGUAGACGAUAAUGUCUCAACUGAUUUAGAUUAUGAUUUGGAAUCAGAACCGGCGGCCCAUGAUAGUCCCAACAGUAUGCGGCGUAAGUGGACUAGCAGGAUGAAGCAUUUCAUUAAAAUGUUGCCAAAGAAGUCAAAGCAAGCCACACGCGACUGCUUUAGGGCUACAAAACAGUUCUCACGGACGGCUUGGAACUUGGUACCAGCUGCCGUACAGAGCCGGCGACCCUCUCCGAAGAUCGACAGCGUUAUCUAG